UUGAAAAAUCAAGUUAAAUGACGUCAGGCAAAGCUAUAAAUUUUCAUUCUCUCGCUUGUAAAUAGAAUUUUCGUGGUGCAGACGAAGGUUGAGUCGUUGAGGUGCUUGUUGGACAUUUUCUAUUGACGGUGUAAGAAAAAUAAGAUAAAAAAUGGCACGUACUAAGCAGACUGCCCGUAAGUCUACUGGAGGAAAGGCGCCGAGGAAACAGCUGGCCACUAAGGCUGCUAGGAAGAGCGCACCCUCUACCGGUGGUGUGAAGAAGCCCCAUCGUUAUCGGCCUGGUACUGUGGCGUUGAGAGAGAUCAGGCGUUAUCAGAAGUCAACAGAGCUUCUGAUUCGCAAGCUCCCAUUCCAGCGGUUGGUGAGGGAAAUUGCCCAGGACUUUAAGACUGACCUCCGUUUCCAGAGUGCGGCCAUUGGUGCACUUCAGGAGGCCAGUGAGGCAUACCUGGUGGGACUGUUUGAGGACACUAACCUCUGUGCCAUCCAUGCCAAAAGGGUGACCAUAAUGCCCAAAGAUAUCCAGCUCGCUCGCAGAAUAAGAGGGGAACGAGCCUAGACUGCUUUUCAGCUGCUGUGUAAUUUGGCUGAAUUCAAGUCUAUCAUAUUUUACCACAUUGUGGGUGUUUUUGAGUUCUUGUUUCCUUACUGUUUUUGUAAUGUGUAUUUAAACAACAAAAAUCAAAUCAAGGUUGUAAUCAUUCCACAAACUAAAUGCUACAGGCUGAGUGGCUUGAAUCCAGUCUGUAGACUGUAUGCUGGUGCUCAGAUUUUAUUAUAUUUUUUUGCUUUGUUUUUUUUGCAUGUGAAUGGAGAAGUGGGUUUAUUAACUCUUACAGAGGAUAGCUUCAUGCUUCGCAAAUGACCUUUUUAUUUUAAAUGGUUAAAAAAAAAAAACAAAUUGCAGGGAACUUCUCUUCACAUGCAAAGAAAAAAAAAAACCCAUUAGGCUCUAUACUGUUAGCAUUAGAGGCCAUGGGUGGGAUAGAGGUGUGGUUAUGUUCCAAAUGUACUCUGGUGGCUUUUUCUUCCAGCCUCUGAGGGGUGUUCGCUUAGCUGGUGUCCCUCAUGCAAUAAUCUCACCCUGAGCAGUUACCCAGCCCCCCCUACACAGUACAGUAUUCUCCAUGUGUUGUCUGGGUAUGGCUGGAUACUCAUGUCACUAAAUUGUCAUUCAGGAGCAGUGUGGACCCCUUGUAUAUUCUGGGCUGCUUUUUAUACAUUAUUUUUAUUUUUUUCCAAAUGUAAACCUCGGCAGCUACAAUACUAUUUAUGAAGUUUUGUCACAUUGUAGUCUUUCUAUUAAACUACUUUUAAGAGUAA